AUGGAAGUUGCAGUGCAGCUACAAACGGCUAUGCGCUUGCAAUCUAUUCCCGUGCCGUCACUCUCGUGGCUGCGCGAGCUGGUGCAGAGCCGGCGCCCACAGCCACUAGUGGCACUGAUAGCGACAGCGCGCACGCGGUUACUGGCCUCGGACCUGACGACGGAGGGGCUGCUAGAUGAUGAGUACGUGGCGGAGCACUCACUGGCCACCGCCACGGCGGGCAGUGGGCGCAACAACAACUUCACCGUCGAGGUCAAAGAGAUGAAACUUGGGCGGGACGUAGUGGUGCAGGUGCUCGACGUGGAGAAUGUGACGCGCAGUCGGUGGGAGCAGGUAGAAGAGCUCGAGUCGAUUGAGCGCGGGGAGCAGACCAAGGGGCGCGAGAUGAUUCGGCUGCCUGUGGGAGACGGAGACGACGAGUUGGGCGACAACGCGGCUACUCAGAGGCUGUCGACACAGGGAAAUGCUGCCGCUGCUGCCACCACCACCCCCAAGAACGCGACACACAAGCUGGUGCUGCAGGAUAGUGAAGGUCGAAAGGUUUACGCGCUAGAGCUCCAACGCAUUGAGCGCAUCGCCGUCGGCAAGCUAAACAUUGGCGAGAAGAUCCUGCUCAAGACCGGCACAACGGUGGCGCGCGGCGUCAUACUCCUCGAGCCAAAUCAUUGCCUCAUGCUGGGCGGCAAGGUGGAAGCCUGGCAUCGGUCAUGGCUUGAUGGGCGGCUGGCUAGGUUGAGGGAAGGCGUUGGCGCCGACAGACAACAAUAA